UUAAGAAUCUCAUGCGAAAAUCGCUUGGGAUUAGGAUAUGUUCUGCUGUUAAAAGACCUGCAAAGUUGCUCCUCAAGUCAAGUCGAAGUGAGGGAGGCGAGGGAGGUGAAGGCAUCAUGGGUCAAGAAAAGGGGAGUGGGGUGACAGGAUGCAUCAAAGCCAGCAAGGGACCAUGGGUAGUUCAUAGAACUACCAGAGAUGGUGGUCUUGUUACAAAGUAUCGCUUCCCUACUGAUGUAGAACGCCAGAAAAAUAAACAAAGGGAGCGAAAUCGAAGAGCAGUAUCUCAAAAGAUUUUUGCUGGACUUCGAGCUCAUGGAAAUUACCACCUCCCUAAACAUGCUGACAGCAAUGAUUUACUGAAAGCUCUGUGUGUAGAAGCAGGUUGGCAAGUCGAAGAAGAUGGGACGGUUUACAGGAAGGAUUUCAAUUCGAAAACAUGCAACUCCUCCAUCAAAAUAGGCUUGUGUCAAGAGUAUUCCAAUGGUGAGUAUGAAGAUCAAGAUUAUUGCAAAUGUAAUCAGACAUGAUAUGAAGUUUGCACUUUAAGUUUACUCUCAAACUGCUUUACUUUAUUUAUGCAUAGGUGAAUCUCAUACAGGCCAAAAUAUCAAACCUUGGGCUUUCACUUUAAA